AUGGCAACCGUGCGCCCUUUUGCUAUUACACCUUUCUGUGACUCCGUGGUGAAGGCAGGCAUGUAUCGAACGCCACUAACAACAGCGUGGGAUGUUCUAGGAACGGGACAGGAUGAUCUCUGGUCAAAUAUUUACUACUUCUAUGAACUUACUCCGCCUGGACAGAAGGUACCAAAGUUACCUCGUGCCUCUCCUGGCCAUGCAGUCGCUGCUGCUCUGGACCCAGGAGUGCUGCGAGCCCCUGCCAGACUGCAGGCAGCUGCCUGCCGUGCAGCAUCCCUGCCUGCCUCCGGCCAUCUCCAGCACAAGCUGGCUGGGGGAGAGGAGGAUAUCAUCUUCCGGAAGAUCAGUGAUGUCAAGAAGGAAGAAGAGGAGCGCCUGCGCCAGAAGAAUGAGGUGACGCUGAGCAUCCCUGUGGACCACCCCGUCCGGAAACUCUUCCAGAAAUUCAAACAGCAAAAGGAGAUGCGUAAUCAAGGCUCAACCCACAUCGACCCGGAAAGGAACCAGCUUCAGGUGGAAAGCCGGAGCGUGCAGAAUGGGGCCUCCAUCACAGGCACCAGCGUGGUCACCGUGUCUCAGAUCACCCCCAUCCAGACAUCCCUGGCUUACAUGAAAACCAGUGAAGCUGUGAAGCAGAACAACAGGGAUGCAAUGGAGCUUAAACCAAAUGGAAACGGAGACCAAAAAUGUCUGAAAGUAAACAGUCCCAUGCGGAUGAAAAAUGGGAACGGGAAAGGGUGGCUUCGACUGAAGAACACGAUGGGGACCCACGAGGAGAAGAAGGAGGACUGGAACAACGUCACAAAGGCUGAGUCGAUGGGGUUGCUGUCCGACGACCCCAAGUGCAAUGACCCAGAGAAUGGUGUAAAUAAAAACCCACUGAGGAAAACAGACUCCUGUGACAGUGGAAUAACAAAAAGUGACCUUCGCUUGGAUAAAGCUGGUGAGACUCGCAGCCCGCUGGAGCACAGCCCCAUUCAGGCUGAUGGUAGGCAUCCUUUCUACCCCAUUCCUGAGCAGGCCUUACAAACCACGCUGCAGGAAGUCAAGCACGAACUCAAAGAAGAUAUCCAGCUGCUAAGCAGUAGGAUGGCUGCCCUUGAGAAGCAGGUGGCAGAAAUUUUAAAAAUAUUGUCUGAAAAGAACGUGCCCCAGAUCUCUUCCCCCAAGUCUCGUUUAUCACCCCAGCAGCCUCCCCAGAUACCCUGUCAGGAUAUUUUUAGUGUUUCAAGGCCUGCAUCACCUGAAUCAGAAAAAGAUGAAAUCCACUUUUAG